GUCCAUCUUCCACUUGGAGCUGAAAGCGAAUGCGCGAUUGAAUGCCAGAGAAAGCGAACAGAGAGCGAGAGAGAAGAGAAGAGAUUUCCUCGACAUUGGGAGGCAGUCGUCCGAGGGUGAGAUUCAGCGCAGCAGAAGAAUCGCUCGCAAGGUGUGGAUUGGAAUCUCGAGUGGCGGAUCUCGAGUUCCUCGAGCCGGACGGGCGAUUGAUUGGUCGAUUGGUCGAAGGAUUGAUUGAUUGAUUGGUCGAUUGAUUCUGGGCGGUUUGAGGGAGGCAGGGCCCGUGCUCGUUCGUGGGGGCGAGUACGGCAGGCAGAGGAGUGGAUUGGGGAGCGAUCGAGGAGUGGGCAGAGGAGGAGGAAUUGUGAUUUCGGGCGGAGGGCAUGGAAACGACUCUGCGGUGUCUGACGAGGUCGUUUUCGGGGGCGGGCAAGGUGCCGCACCCGGACUGGAGCAACCUCGAUGCGUUCGUGCUGGAGCAAAUUAUGCUGAAGCUGCCGGAGGCGUCCGUGGUUAGGGCCUCGAAUGUGUGCUCGCGGUGGCACGCGGUGGCGCGCGACGCAUUGUUCACCGAGUUCUACGUGAGCCAGAAUGGCUCGUCGAGGGCGUGCCGCUUCAGCGUCAGUGGCUCGAAGCACUGCUUCCAGCAGACGCAGGCCGGGCGCUACGACAUUCUGUCGGCGCGCGAAUUCUACCAGGGCCCCGUGGUCUCGUGCAAGGAUGGCGAAAUCAGCUGCCUCGAAGGCGCCGGCGGCCUCUUCUACGCCUUCACGGGCGCGCACCAGACGACGGUGUACUACAAGCUCAGCAUGCUGCAGAAGGAGUGGCUCGUCACGCCCGAGAUGCACUUCCGGAUGCACGAUCCAAUUGUGGGCGUCGUGAAGCAGGGAUGCAGCGGCGCGCACAAGCUCGUCUUCGCCGGAGGCAUCGCUGACGUGCAGGAGGACGACGACGAUCUCGCAGUGCAGGUGUUCGACUCCGCCUCGAGGACCUGGACGCGCGGCAGCCCGCUGCCGUAUCAAUUCCGCGGGUGCACCUCGUCGCUCUUCAUGAAUCCCGCCGUGUACCGGGGCCGAUUCUUCGCCUACGAUACGUACGCGAGCUUCGUGUCGGAGCUCGAUCUGGCCACCUUGGGCUGGAGCGCGGUGGACGUGGUGCGCCGGCCCCCGGAGCUCAAGAGGGCCUUCCUCAUGGGCGACGAGAAGAAGGGCAUGAGCCUCGUGGGCCUGCAGAAUUCCGGCGUGCGCGACCUCACCUUCCACGUCUGGAAUGUGGACCCUCAGACAUUGCAGCUGCAGGAGCGCACGCAGAGCACCAUCAUCCCCAAUGCCCGCCCUGCGCCGCCCUCCACUCUCCGGCGCUACUGCGACUGGUCGCUCGACCAUUUCGGCAGCGCCGUCGGCGUCGUGCUGCUGCUUAUCGCGCACGCCAUCGUCCUCUGCUACGGCUGGACAACCCGCACCGGCGCCCAGCUGCAGGGCUUGAUUCUGGGCCUGCGCCUGCCCUCUCUGCGCGCUCUGGCCGGCAUCGCGAGCAAGGACGCCGGCAGCUCCGCUCUCGACUCGGGCGCCGGUCGUCGAUUCCAGCGCAUGCCGUCGUUCCUCGUCACGUGAAGCGGCGCUUCUGCCUCCAAUUCUUCUCAGGCGCAAAUUCUUCUGCCUGCUUUGUACAUUUCGCACGCGGUCGACUCUGUAAAUGAAUUUAACCUCACUUUCCAGCCCCCCUAGGGCGGCUGAAGCUCGGAGAUAGAUAUCAGAUGUCACACACACGGUUCGGCAUGUUUUGGUAGAACAGGCACACGCUCUUCGCACUCACCGUUUUGCCACUCAGUUCAGGGGACUCUGCUCAACAUGAGAGCACGAUCAAUUCCCCUUAGUUUCGAAUCAAUACAUCAUGUGUUUCUUUUCUC